AUGAAUUUCUCAUGUAUCCCCGACGUUAACUAUUUUGAUUCUCCACAAUUUUUAGCCAUCGCUUUACAUAUUGUCACUGUGAUUGUCACGCCGUUUCACUUUCUCGGAUUAUACUGUGUAUUAUAUAAAACUCCAAGACAAAUGAAAGGUGUCAAGUGGUAUUUAUUGAAUUUACACGUUUCGGUUAUGUUAUUCGACUAUUCUGUGACACUUUUGACAAUUCCGUUUCUGUUGGCAACGAAGCUGGCGGGGUUUUCACUUGGUUUGGCAAAAUAUAUGAAUGUUCCGUUUAUAGUGCCAGCGUUGACAGCGGUUUAUUGUUUUGGACUCAUGUUCAUUGCUAUCGUUGUUAUAUUCGAGAAUCGAUUUCGCGUCAUAUGCACUUUCUCGUGGAAACCAAAAUGGGAAUCCUUUAAGUCAAUUUUUAUGCCGUUUCACUAUUUUAUCUACACAUUUAUGCUUUCUAUCAUCUUCUUUCUCGUCCCAGAACAAAAAUCCGCAUUGCAGCAGGUGUUUCAGACACUUCCCUGCCUUCCUCGUGAAAUAUACGAAGCUCCCGUCUAUGUGAUCGCCGACGAUGUUACUUUUCACGUAAUCGUCAUAUUUCUAGGCGUAGUAGCUGUCACUGUAGAAAUACUAUUUUAUCUUAUGUACCUCAUCUGGAACAGUAUCAAGCAGUUGAAGGAAAAUAAAAUGUCACAGAAGACAUUUCAACUUCAAAAGCAAUUUUUAAUCGCGAUUAUCGUGCAGAGCAGUGUCCCAAUGAUCUUUUUCAUCAUUCCUCUUCUAACUUUUUUGUUUGCGUUUUUGGAAGGUUACUAUAAUCAAGGAAUUGUCAACUUUCAAUUUAUAAUUGCAUCAUUACACGGGAUAGUUUCAACGUUGGCAAUGUUGUUACUUCACAAGCCUUAUAGAGCAGCUGUUGCGCGAAUUUUCUAGAGAUCAAUCAGGCUGCAGCCACAGACGACACAAAUUUCUGUGAUUUCUGGAAAAAUAAGUGGAACCGUACUUCUUUAA